AUGUUUGGCCAAGACUCGGUAAAAGAGGAAGAAGGGCACAACAAAAACCGCAGUAAAAAUAACUAUAAUAACAGUAAUAUUUCACACAAAAAUGGCAACGGGGAAGGAGGAGGACAUGGUGGCAUUCGAUCCUACAGUGAUAAGAAACAAGGAUACGAUCCGUUUUCUAGCCAAUUCCAUGAAGUAACUGUCGAUCGUAAGAAACAAAGAAGCAGAAAAUCGCGCAAGAAAUUCGGCAGUGCUGUAGCACAAGUAGAACCAGAAGAAGACGAGGAACUGACAACUGGGCUGGGUUAUAGUGGUGAUGCUGAUGGUAGUGGUGGGUAUUAUAAUAAUAAGACAGAACGACCGUCACGUGUUAAUAACAACAACGACAACGACAACGACAGUAAUAAGUUUAAAGGUAGUAAAUACUUGAGACCAAUUGCUUUUAGUAAACCUCGGAAACUGCCACAUAUAUAUAACCCGAAUAAAAUUGGGGAGCCUGAUUCCCCUUCAGUUGUCGUCUUUGAAGAAGAAGAUGAUAAUCGAGAACAGGAAGUAAUCGAGCAUAAAGAACAACAAUCAAUUAAUAAAAAUAAUUAUCAUCAUGGUCAAGACCAUUCUAACACAUUAUUAGAAAUAUUAAUCGGUAACGGACUUCAAAAUACUGGAACGAAGCCCGUAUCAGCUGCUACUGUGCUAAAAAAUAAUCUGGGCGGUACAUCAAGUUCUCAUCAAAAUUCCGAACAUAACCUGAAAUCAUUCAAAAUGGAAUCUGAAUUUUUCUCUUCGUAUCGAGAAUAUCAAAUCAAUGAUGAUAAGAAUGAUACUCCAUUAGUUGUAAAUAACUCUUUACAACAAAUUGAUACAAUCCCUAUGACAAAUUUAUUCGCACCAGUAAAUACUGAGAUCGAUUCAGCUACAUUUUAUACGAAUGAAGAACCUGGUGUCACUGGCGCUCGAAGAAUUGACGAUUCAUAUAUUUAUGAAAAUGAAGAGACUGGUGAAAUAAUCGUCUAUAAACCAAAACCACUACAAUUUCCGAGAAAAAAUGAGAUUCAGCCGUCAUCUUUAUUCAAUCUUCCAAAUACUGGAGAUGCGACUGCUCCUCGAACUCUAAAUGUCGUGUGA